UGACAUUCUCGGCGUUUUUGACAGUUCUUUCUAACCUUUUCUAGGAUAGUUUCCUAACAAGGUUCCAAAAUAAUGUACAAUUAAAAAUAUCAAGUAAGACACAUCCACCCAUAAUGGUACUUACCUCAUUUAUUAAGUUUCUACCUAAUAAACCUAGUCAACAAUUAGUAAAUCACGUAAUAAAACGAACUGCCAGAACAACCCCUCAAGCAGUAUUAUUGGAAAAAGCCCUCGAAGAUCCUGUAAUCGUAAUAGACGAACAAGAUGAUGUAGACAUCAUUGGACCACCAGAUCCAGUUUCCAACCUCCGUCCAAUUAUUAGAAAAAGAUUAUUGAAUGAAACUGCUUUGCAACACAAAUUACGAACGCUACAAGAUGCUACACAGGCAUGGAAUCAAGAAUUUUGGGCAAGACACAACACAAACUUUAUCAAAGAACGCCAAGAAUAUAUUAAUAAACAUCAAGUUGAGGGAGAGGAGAAAAAGCAGUUAACAGCUGAUGAAAUGAGCGAUUUCUAUAAAACAUUUUUAGACAAAAAUUGGCAUAAUCAUGUCAAGUAUAAUUUAGAAUGGUAUAGAAGAAAUUUUACCCUAUUGUUCUUAGCACUACGUGUUAGUAUAGAAAAAAGUGUAAAUAAAACAUUUUAAUUCAAUUUCUAUAAUGAUCAAGUACAAUCAGGCUUUGUAAGACCGUUUAAGCCAAAACUCAGGUUAAAAUUCACCAAUUGUUAUUUAUUGUUUAAAUAAAUCACUUUUACAAAAACAA